AUGAAAGAUAAAAAUGCCUCAACGAGAUGCGAUGCCAGCCAUAAAUUCGGGCAUACCACUGGACUGGGACUGGAGCUGGGACUGGAGCUGGGACUGGAGCUGGGACUGGAGCUGGGACUGGAGCUGGGACAGGAGCUGGGGCUAAGGCGCCAACGAUUGACGACUGACAGUGUCAGUGUCAGUGCUCCACGAAGGUUACGAGGCACGAGACACGCCGCGCAACGUGAGCUCUGUGUCCGUUCUUGGAGAUUCCCCCCACACACACACACACACCAAUUUUUUUCUUGUUUUUCUUGCGUGCUUUGCGCUUCGUUCGGUGUCCAGUUUCAGUUUCAGUGUCGCGUCGCGAGUGCGAUUGCUGCACGAGUGCUGCAAGUGACAGCCGAUUCAGGUGAUCAGCCAGGUAGGAUCCGCGGCGAUCCGAGGGACAGCCUCACGAUUGGCACCUUCUACCGCUAUCUGCGCCAGCUGCUGUCCGCGCUUGCCCCGCUGGCCACGGACGCAGUACUCCAGCUCAAUGGCAGCUAUGCGGCACAGCAGCUCUACGGGGGCGCCUCCCCGGGAGCCUUUGGCGUUGGCUGGAGCAUCGGCAGUGGCAAUGGCAGUGGCAGUGGCAGCGGGAUUGCUGAGCAAGAAGUUAGCAUCAGUGGCACCGAUCUGUUGUACAACUACAACUACAGCGGCAAUGGAUUGGAGCUUGCUCUGGAGGCGGACCUUGGCGCCCGGACCGGGCUCGGCCUGCUGGCUAGCACACUGUCCACUGUGGUAGCCACUGGCACAGCGGCCCCGUCCAGCAGCAACCACAGCAGCCGGGUGGGAGUGGCGAGAGUGAGUGCGGAUGUGCCCAUCUGGGUGAUACCCUGCUACUCGAUCAUCCUGCUGUGUGCCGUCGUGGGCAAUCUGCUGGUGGUGCUCACCCUGGUGCAGAACCGUCGCAUGCGCACCAUCACCAACGUCUUUCUGCUCAACCUGGCCAUCUCGGACAUCCUGCUGGGCGUCUUCUGCAUGCCCGUCACCCUCGUGGGCACCCUGCUGCGGCAUUUCAUCUUCGGCGAGUUCCUCUGCAAGCUCAUCCAGUUUGCCCAGGCCGCCUCCGUGGCCGUCUCCUCGUGGACAUUGGUGGCCAUUUCCUGCGAGCGCUACUACGCCAUCUGCCAUCCGCUGAGGUCGCGCACUUGGCAAACGAUCAACCACGCCAACAAGAUAAUUGCCAUCAUCUGGCUGGGCAGCCUGCUCUGCAUGACCCCCAUAGCAGUCUUCAGCCAGCUGAUGCCGACCAGUCGCCAAGGGCUCCGCAAGUGCCGCGAGCAGUGGCCCGCCGACAGCCUGAACUACGAGCGGGCCUACAACCUAUUCCUGGACCUGGCCCUGCUCGUCCUGCCCCUGCUGGCGCUGAGCUUCACCUAUCUGUUCAUCACCCGCACUCUCUACGUGAGCAUGCGGAACGAGCGGGCCAUGAACUUUGGCAGCAGCGGGCCUGAAGUGCCCGGCCCCGGUGCCGGCCAGGCCAGCAGCAGCCAGAGGCGCUCCAAUGGCAGCCACAGCCAGUCUCUGGAAGCAGGGAUGCAGCAGCAGCAGCAGCAGUUCGGCACUCCCCAGUACUUCUACGGUGAUUAUACCCAUGGCGGCAGCAAGCGGAAGCUCCUUGGCGGCUCCUGUGAGGGGCGCAGGCAUCUCUACUGCAUGCGCAGUGCAUCCGUCAAGUCACUGCGGCAACAACAGCACAACAACCAGCUGCCGCCGAUCAAUGGGAGUGGCGGCGGCGGCAGCGGCAGCGACUGCUGCAGUCGGGCCCAACGGCUGCGGCAUCAGCUGCAACACCAACAGCAGCACCAGCAGGCUUGCAUGGGCAUGGGCAGUGAUAAGGAGUCCCGCCGCAAAUCCCUGUCACAGCCCAGCCUGCGCAUCACAGAAGCGGGCCUGCGAAGCAUCGUGCCACGCCGCUCGAACGAGAGCAAGAGCCUGGAGAGCAAGAAGCGGGUGGUGAAGAUGCUCUUCGUGCUGGUGCUGGAGUUCUUCAUCUGCUGGACGCCACUGUACGUGAUCAACACGAUGACAAUGCUGAUUGGGCCGGUGGUGUACGAGUAUGUGGACUACACGGCCAUCAGCUUUCUGCAACUGUUGGCCUACUCCUCGAGCUGCUGCAACCCGAUCACCUACUGCUUCAUGAACGCCAGCUUCCGACGCGCCUUCGUGGACACCUUCAAGGUGCGAAUGUGCGAGAGGGGGGGCCGGCUCUGCUUCUGGCGGCGUCGUUCCAAGAACGAAACCAAUCUGUCCGUGGCCGGCAACUCGAUUGCGCUGGCCAACUCGGUCAUGUCCACCCACACCAUACUGGAGAGUCCGCGGCUCUGAGCCGCAGGGAGUCGUCGCAGGGAGUCGCAGCGGCGCCCAGUAAAGGUGAUGGAGACAGAGUCGCUGUAGGAGCUCGCUCCCCCCUCCCCCCACCCUGUACAGGCAACAAACAAUAUGUGAUGAUGCAAUGAAAAUGUGAACGAAAACUGAAACUAAAACUAAAACUAAAACUGUGGUUGUCAACGACUCUCAGGCGUUGUGAAUGUGCGUGGAU